AUGACCCAGGAUGCGGCCUCCCGCAUUCAGAGCGCGGAGGCUCGCGCACACGACGGCAACAGCGCUGCGGACAAGGCCGCCAACGUCGCCAAGGCAACUGGCCCCGAGGGCGACUGUGACUCUGAGCGUCACGAGUCGCCGUGGAUCGCGCGAGCCAGCAGUGGCGGCGGCGGGGGCUCCGGCAGCGGCGGCAGCCCUGGCAGCGGCGGCGGCGGCGGCGACGACGGCGGCGAGCCCGAGCCCGCGCCGCAGACGGCGGCGUUUGGGUGGAAGGGGUGGCAAGACCGCGUGGCCGCCGACCCGCAGUUUGUCACCUCCUGCAUCCCUGUGCCUGCCCUCACCGCCACGCCACCCCCCGCCCCGCCCCCGCCCCGCCCCGCAGCCGGCCACAUGUUCCAGCCCGGCUUCAGCCUGGCCAGCCGCGCCGUCAACUUUGCCUACAAGGGCGCCGUGUUUGCGGUGAUCGGGCUGGGCGCGGGCCUGCUGGGCACCGCCACGUCCAACGGCCUGCUGGCGCUGCGCAAGCGCCUGGACCCAAGCUUCAAGCCGCGGAACGAGGCCCCCAGCAUCGUGGGCAACGCGUCGUGCUGGGCGGUGCACAUGGGCGUGUCCGCCAACACACGCUACCAGCUCAUCAACGGUUUGGACAUGGUCCUGCAACCCAUCAUGCCCUCCCCGCUCUUCCGCCUCUACUCUUCCGUCAUCCGCGGCGGCAACAACCUGGCGGGCGGCGUGUCGUUUGUGCUGCUGGCCAAGCUGCUGGGGGUGCAGAAGGCGGCGGAGGCGGCGCCCCUGCCAGAGCCUGUGGGCAAGGGCAAGAAGACGAAGAAGUAG